AUGUAUUUGACCCUAAGAUUGCGGCUAUUUUUGGGUACGGUGGCGAUUAUUGUGGGUGUGGUGUGCUCUGGGAGACAUUUUGAGGAGAGAGAGCCGUUGGCGACGUUGCAUACGGAGCGAUGUAAGUUUUACGGGGUCUUGACUACUUUUUACUGUAAUAUCACUCUACUGAAAAAAACAUUUAUAAGAAAUUCUGUUACUACAAGUCUUACUAGACCCUCUAGGAUACAUUUCAGCCAUAUCCGGGGGAAAAAUCUUCAAAAAAUUUGAAUUUCCCGCCAAUUUUGGCAUUCUGUUAUAAGCGUUCAAAAGUGACGGGAAGGGAUUCAAUUAAGUGGCAAAUGGUCUGAAACCACUAUAAAUGCCAAAUUUGUAUAUAAAAAUUGCUUUUCAGAUGUCGAAUUAUAUUAUCCAUGACAAAUUUGAUAAAGAAAUCUUAAAUUUUGAGAUUUUUCUCGGGAAAAAAGUGAAUUAUUUACGCGUCAUGACCAGCAGCGUAUUUUACUAUCCUUAAGAAUUUAUUUUACCCCUAAAUUACUGUAUUUUACCCAAUUUUUUCCCCAAAAAAUCUCAAAUUUUCAGCUGUCCGUCGGAUCGAAAAAAUCGGAAAUGCCCUUGUUACCGAACUAACCCUCGAAGAGUUCUUCGACAAGCACUAUCCAACUCCUCAAGUCGACGUGGAGACGCUGGUGAUCCCGGUUCAUGGGAUUUAUGAUACCAAUCUACCGCCUGAGGCAUUCUACGAAAAAUGCCUGGAAAAUGUGCGAAGAGCGUGGCCACAUGUAAAACUGAUCCAUUUACAGGGCGGAGAGUACAUUUACUACCCGGAUAAUUCGGUAGGUCCAGAAAAAAUUUUGGAAAAUUGGAAAAUUGGAAAAAAUUUUGAGGAAAAGCCCAAAAAAUUUUUGCUUUGAAAGUACGCAAAAUCAUCUAAAACAUGAAAAAAUUUAUCUCUGGCUUCAUAACAGUCCUGUGUACAUCACAAACAUUGUCGAAAAAAGUGAUUUUUUUUGAAGAAAUCUUUGGAAAAUCACAAAAUUCGAAGAAAAAAUCUAAAAAUUUCGUUUUCAAACGACUAAAUUGGACUUAAAAAAUAUAAAAAUUAAUUUUCAGGACUCCCCAGACGUCCUCGUCCCCGAGGCCAAGCAUUUGAAGAGAUUGUUUGCCUCGAUUAUCACUCCAUUGAGAAGAAAGUCGAUCAGAGUCGGGCAAUGCGACUUCUUGGACCAUUUGAUCUUCGAAAAAGACGUGAGUUGGUAAAAUACGCAACGAGUACCUUCCAUUUUUUAUAGAAAAUUGAUUCCAAUUUAAUCUGCACAGUGCAGCAAAACUUGAAUUUUUGAGUGCACGGUGCGACAUUUUAUUUCUGACUGCACUGUGCAGAAAGUCAAUUUUUUGCACAGUGCGAAAUAUUUUUUUUCAUCGCACAGUGCAACUUUUGAUUGGCAAUGCACCGUGCAAAAGCUUCAUUUUUUGCCUCCGAUUUAAUUCGCACAGUGCGGAAAAACUUGAAUUUUUGAGUGCAAAAUUUUUUCUUCUGUUGCACUCCGCAAAAAGCGAAUUUUAACCGCACCGUGCAAAACAUUCAUUUGUUGUCGCACGGUGCGAAAUUUUAUUUCCGAUUGCACUGUGCAAAAUUUAGCCUUUUUUGCACGGUGCGAACUUAUAUUUUUUCAUCGCACAGUGCAAAUUUUUAUUUCCAUUUCACAGUGCAGCUCAAAUUUUUUCCGCACGGUGCAAAACCUAGCUUAUUUUGCACGGUGCAAAAAAUCCGAUUACAUCGCACUGUGCGGUCAAAUUAAAAAUCUGCACGGUGCAAAAUAUUUUUUUUCAUCGCACAGUGCAAAUUUUGAUUUCGAAUGCACUGUGCAGCUCAAAUUUUUAUCGCACCGUGCAAAAUUUAUUUUUCUUUGCACUGUGCAAAAUAACUUUUUUCAUCGCAAGCCAAAUUUUAUUUCCAAUUGCACAGUGCAAAAAAUCAAUUUUUUGCACGGUGCAAACUUAUUUUUUUAUCGCACAGUGCAUAUUUUUAUUUCCAUUGCACAGUGCAAGAAGCGAAUUUUUAUCGCACCGUGCAAAAUCUAGCUUAUCUUGCACUGUGCAAAAAAUUCGUUUUUUUGGCGCACAGUGCAAAAAAUCCGAUUACAUCGCACUGUGCGGUCAAAAUAAAAAUUUGCACAGUGCAAAUUUCCAUAAUUAAAAAAUCGAAAAAACCUUGUAUUAAAAUCGAUUUCAGAUUUACAUGAGUGAGGUGUUGGGUGAGCUUUUGGCCGCCAAAGUGUUCGAAAAGGACCUGAUCAAGGCCGAUGUUGAUGUGGCCAUCCAAGUUCAUGGCGUGAAAUGCGUCGUAACCUUCGACUUCAACACCAUGGAGUUGUUCCGGCUGAAUGAGAAUGUGCAAAAAUUGAUGCCCUCGCUGGGAGCGCCCACUUCCACGCGCUGGAAUUACGGUCAUCGGCGCUUCGACGCCGACUUGCCGCAGCGUUGCAUCAAGGCCUCGAAAGGCAACUCCUCCUCGCUCUGUGUGCCGAACACCGAUCGCCGAGUGGAUGUGCAAAGUCAGGUGGAGGGCAAUCACUUCCUUUGCUGCGACUUUUGGGCCUGA